UAUGAAAUAUUGAUGUAAAUUGUGCACUCUGCACUCUUCCUCUCAGUUCCUCCCAUGAUUCGAGUUGAUUUGCAGAUUGAAGAUGGACGCAGUCUGAUUGAGUGCUCAGCAGCCGAUGCUGUUCCUGCAGCCAACAUGUCCUGGCUUCUACCAGAGGGUGUGUCUGGAGUCUCUUGGUUCAAUUUCACUUCCCAUAAUGGAAGCCACUCUGUCAGGGGAGUUUUACUCUUCCCUGCCUGCUCGCCUCGGGAGCUCACUGCAGAGUGUGUGAUAAAUCACCCUGCAUUUGAGGAGCCAGAGAACAGAAGCAUAACACUCCCUCUUUGCGCUCGUCCAAACAUCACCAUCAACUCCAGCACUGAGUGGAGAGAUGGUGACGAAUACACAAAGGUGGACUGCUCUGUGGACAGCGUUGCCCCUGCAGCAACCAUAACCUGGCAUAUUGGAAACAGUGACAGUGACAAUGGCACCAGUCAACCAAUGGAGAUUGAAGUCCAAGCUGAUGGUUUGGUUUCAGCCCAUAGCUCUGUGCAUAUCCUGUCUUCGUCGUAUUCUGGUCAGAAUUUGACCUGCAUGGUGGAGCAUCCGAGCCUGGAGGUGCCUGAGAAAAACACAGUACACAUUCCAGUGAACAGAUCCCCACUGCUGAGUGUGUCUGUAGCAAGACAGCAUGACUUUCCUCUCUGGCUGGCAGUGUGUGACUGCAGAGGGGAGGGUGUCAGAGAUAACAUCGCCUGGGUCCUUGAAAAUGCCAAAGGCCAAAUGUCCUUGCACUCAGAGUAUGAAGAGCGUGCCCAGAAAGCCAGGCUGACUUAUCAGUUUCCUCUGGACCUUCAUGAGGGAAAGGACCUGACCUGUGUGUAUCAAUCUGAACAUGGGCUCACAGAGAGCAGGACCAUUCAUAUCCCCAAAUACUGUGAGUGCAACAGAAAUUAG